GUGCAAAGCCGAGGCGAUGAUGACAUGGGCGACAAAUUUGAGCUCAUCCGUAAGCAACGGAAGCAAAUACACGCCCAAAACAACAUCAAAAUUACCAAUUGUGCGCCACGCUGCAUGUGAAGAGGACAGACACGAUACGGCCAAGCAUCACCGAUCUCCCGGCAAAAGCACGCGCUCCGUAUACCACUGUCUCACUCUUCUGCAGAGCUGCUGGAAAGCACCACGAUCCCUCGAUGCAGUAGAACGUCAUCUGCAUAACUAUUACCACUACACGCUACCUCACCUCCCUCUCGACCCCUCCAACCUCCGCCAAAGUGUCUUCACCAACUCCCCUCCGCCUCUACGCCUCAGCCAGCAGGUCCUUCCUCACCACGGCUUCCAAUUCCAGCAACCGAUUGUCCUCCCUCACCCGCCACUUCACCACCGCCAACCCCACCAUGGCGCCCAUCUCCAAAGAGUGCGACUACCUCGUCAUCGGUGGCGGCUCCGGUGGUCUCGCCUCAGCACGACGCGCCUCAGGCCUCUACGGUGCUAAAACCAUCGCAGUAGAGAACAAACGCCUCGGUGGAACUUGUGUGAACGUGGGAUGUGUACCCAAGAAGGUCACCUGGAAUGCUGCAGCAUUGGCUGAGCAGAUCAAAGAGUCCCACAAUUAUGGUUUCAGCGUCGAGCAGACUGCUCCUUUCGACUGGCCGCGUUUCACGCAAAAACGAGCAGCAUACAUCAAACGUCUGAAUGGCAUCUACGAGAAGAAUCUCAAGAAUGAUAAAGUGGAAUACUUGCACGGCACGGCGACAUUCAAGGACCCGCACACAGUGAAAGUGGCAUUGGAUGAUGAGAGUGAGGUGGAGAUCAAGGCGAAGAAGAUUCUGAUUGCAGUGGGAGGACACCCAAACUACCCAGACAUUGAGGGUGCAGAGCACGGAAUUACGUCAGAUGGAUUUUUUGAGCUGCCACAGCAGCCUAAGAAAGUGGCCGUUGUGGGAGCUGGAUACAUUGCAGUCGAGAUGGCAGGCAUGUUCCACGCUUUGGGAACGGAGACGCACUUGUUCAUUCGACAUGACAAGUUCCUGCGAACGUUCGAUCCGAUGAUUCAGGAGAAGGUUGUGGCAGAGUAUGAGCGACAAGGAAUUCACUUGCACAAGAACUCCAAGCAGACGAAGCUUGAGGACCUACAGACCGGCGGCAAACGCCUCACAUACACCGAUGAGAACGGCGAUGGGAUCCUAGAUGUCGACACCGUGCUCUGGGCUAUCGGCCGAAGUCCCGAAUUGGAGAAACUCAACAUCGACGCUACAGGCGUGAAACUGAACGAAAAGAAGCACAUCCCCGUUGACGAGUACCAAAACACCAAUGUGGACCACAUCUUCGCCCUAGGAGAUGUCUGCGACAAGAACUUCGAACUCACACCCGUCGCCAUCGCGGCAGGACGUCGUCUCUCCGACCGUCUCUUCGGCGGGAAAGCCGACGCCAAACUCGAAUACGAUAACAUUCCAUCUGUUGUCUUCUCGCACCCUGUCGUUGGAACUGUCGGUCUGACAGAACCUCAGGCGAGGGAGAAGUAUGGUGAUGAUGAUAUUAAGAUCUACCAGGCGAGUUUUACGGCUAUGUAUUACUCUAUGAUGGAGCCAGAGGAUAAGGGUCCCACAUCUUACAAGAUCAUCUGUCAAGGGAAAGAUGAGAAGGUCGUCGGUUUGCACAUUUUGGGUGCUGGCAGUGAUGAGAUUCUGCAAGGAUUUGGCGUGGCGAUCAAGAUGGGUGCUACAAAGGCGGACUUUGAUCGUUGUGUUGCGAUUCAUCCAACAAGUGCGGAGGAGUUGGUCACGAUGAAGUAGAGGAGGAAACCAGUGCUGAGGCCAGAAAGACGAGGCACGUCGUAUGUGCUACCGAAUGCACCUUUUUACGCUAGAUGUUCAUAGACAUGUAAUGAGAAGACAAACGGAUUGCCAUGAAGGCUUCUGAAGUUCUUUCUUUACGAGGAUGAAAAUAUUGCUUGCUGGCAGAGAUGUGAAAGAGCAAACACUGUAGGAGCAGGUGUGUGGAUUUUUCGCGCGUGGAAAGUCUUUCCAUUCCCAUCCGCAGGGCGACAAGAUCCCUCGCGGCUCGCUCGCUUGCUCCCUGCUGGCUGCUGUGUCAC